CCUUUGCUUUUUCUCAAGUGGUCACUGUUUUGGUAUGUAUGCAUGCACAUUUGGUAAUUGUCAUUCAGACUUCGCCAAACAAGACAGUUGGAGGAAGAUGGCGGAGGACGGCGUCGACGUUGUGGUUGUCGGGUCCUGUAUGACGGACCUUGUGAGGCCCCACGGUUGCCCAAGGCCGGAGAGACCAUCCACGGUCACAAGUUCUUCGUCGGCUUCGGCGGAAAGGGAGCGAACCAGUGCGUCCAGGCGGCCCGUCUGGGAGCCAAAACGGCCAUGGUGUGCAAGGUGGGAAAAGACGUCUUUGGGGACAACUACAUCCAGAACUUUAAGAACAGCGGCGUGUCCACAGAGUUUGUCGGGCAAACGGACAAGGCAUCGACCGGCACCGCCUCCAUCAUCGUCAACGACGCAGGGGAGAACGCCAUCGUGAUCGUUGCCGGGGCCAACAUGCUGCUCGGGGCGGAGGACCUGCAGCGGGCGGGGCCAGCGCUGGGCGGGGCCAAGGUGCUGAUCUGCCAGCUGGAAAUCAGCCCAGACACCUCCCUGCAGGCACUGCAUAUGGCCCAGGAGAGACAGGUGAAGACCAUCUUCAACCCCGCGCCCGCCACUCCAGACCUGCACCCCGACUUCUACCGAUACGCCGACGUCUUCUGCUGCAACGAGCCUGAGGCAGAGCUGCUGACGGGCGUGACUGUAGGAAGCGUGGAGGAUGCUGGGAAGGUGGGGGCGGAGCUUCUUCGGCGGGGGUGUGGCUCCGCGAUCGUGACGCUCGGACCCCAAGGCUGCGUGGUGCUGUCGGCGAAGGACCCCGCCCCUCGACACGUCGCCACGGCGCCGGUCACCGCCGUGGACACGACCGGUGCGGGAGACAGCUUCAUUGGUGCUCUGGCCUUCUACAUGGCACGCUAUCCCACAAUGCCGUUGGAGGAGAUGGCCGGCAGGGCCAAUCGGGUGGCAGCUGUGAGCGUGCAGGGGAUUGGAACACAGACGUCGUACCCCUACCGAAAGGACAUGCCCCAGGAGCUCUUCUAGGAGAAACACUUAUCUGAUUAUCAUACCUCAAGGAGUUCAGUCGGGUCUGGUUCACUCCUCAAAAAAAAUCGACUCCACGUACGAAAGCCUUUAAUUACCAAGCCGUCAAAUGAACGAUCAGGCUUUAAAAUGUCUUACUUCAAACAUUUCUAAAGCACUGAAUAAAAGUUUACAGUCCGGCA